AUGUCAGGAGACAGCAGCACUCUGUCCUGGAGGAGUAUGUCUCCUACUGGCCAACCAAAGGACCCAGAUAUGUCACACACAGCAACUACGGGCAGGAAAAGCAUAUUCCCGGUGAAGAUUAUCAAAGUGUGUUUCCUCAGCAACAGUUUCAACCUCGGCAAGAACUUCAAACUGGUCCGCUGCGACGAAGGAAUGACAGUCAGGGAUGUCAUCAGCAUUGUCCUGUCCGGUGGCUGUGUGGGUCCAGCCAUAAAGCACAACCUCUCUUACGGACUCCUCCUCAAACAUCUCAAGUCGUCAGACAUACACUGGCUGCAUCCGGACUUGACUAUGGCUGAGCUCACCCAGCGAUACGUGGAGCAGCACCUGGAAGCUGAGUGGAGAUAUGAUUUAAGGAUCAGAUACAUUCCAACAAACUUCUUGGAAAAAUUCCAAGAGGACAGAACCACCAUGGUCUACUUUUACCAGCAGGUACGUAGUGAUUACAUGCAGCGGUUUGCCUCCAAAGUCAGCGAUGGGAUGGCUCUGCAGCUUGGUUGCCUGGAGAUUAGGAGAUUCUACAAAGACAUGAAUCCAAAUGGACUGGAGAAAAAGUCCAACUUUGAGCUAUUGGAGAAGGAUGUGGGACUGGACUUGUUCUUUCCGAAAGAGCUUAUCAACAGCAUGAAGCCAAAGCAGCUACGUCGCAUGAUCCGUCAAACAUUCCAGGGCUAUGGUACGCUGAACCAGGAGCAGUGCAUGGCCAGGUUCUUCAGCACUCUGGCCCAGUGUUACAACUAUACACAGGAAAGAUUUGCCUGCCAGUUGGUGCACGGUUGGCGUGUAACAAUAGACCUCGUCAUUGGAUCUGAAGGGAUCAGCCAGCAAACAGGAAACUCAUCACCUGUCCGCCUGGCCACAUUCUCUCAAGUGAGCAGUAUCUUGUGCACUGCAGAAAGCGAUGGUCGUGCUCUGCUCACUGUAUAUAUAGAGGGAACCAAGCAGCCUCUUUCAGUGAGUACAGAGUCUAUGGCUGUAGCAGAAAACAUGGCCAACUUAAUUGACGGCUUCUGCCAGCUGGAAUGCUGCUCUAAAGGCUCACUCAUAAGCAGGGGAAACAAAGUGAGACAGAAACUACCUGAGAUUCCAAAACACAAUGUUCCGACUGGACCAACUAGAGGUUCAGAUAUUUAUGCGGAGAUUCCUGAGGUCACAAUGGACCAAUGUGAACAUCAAAGGAUUUCCCAAGCAGAUGUAACUGUAGGUUCGAUCCUGGGUGAGGGCUUUUUUGGAGAGGUUCAUGAUGGUGUGUAUAAAAGUAAGACAGGCGAGACGAUCCGAGUGGCCAUCAAAACAUGCAAGGACUGUUCAGCAAGCGUGAAGGAAAGGUUUCUCAGUGAAGCUGCUUUGAUGAAAAACCUGGACCACCCGCAUAUUGUGCGCCUGGUUGGAGUAGUUGAUAUUGAUCCAAUCUGGAUUGUCAUGGAACUCUAUGAACUUGGAGAGCUGGGGAAAUAUCUGAUGGAGCAGAAAUAUAUACUGACAACAGCUACAUUAAUCCUAUACUGUUUGCAAAUCUGCAAAGCCUUAGCAUACCUAGAGGGCCUCAACAUGGUGCACAGAGAUAUAGCGGUAAGAAACAUCCUCGUGGCAUCUCCUGAAUGCGUCAAACUUGGUGACUUUGGGCUCUCUCGAUAUAUCGACGACCAUGAGUACUACAAAGCAUCUGUUUCACGAUUGCCAAUCAAAUGGAUGGCGCCAGAAUCCAUCAACUUCCGACGUUUCACCGUUGCCAGUGAUGUCUGGAUGUUUGGUGUAUGUGUUUGGGAGAUCUUCUCUAUUGGCCAGCAACCAUUCCUCUGGUUGGAAAACAGACAGGUUAUUUCUCAGCUGGAGUCUGGCGUCCGACUACCCAAGCCAACGUUGUGCCCGCCUGCUGUCUACUCACUGCUGACCAGCUGCUGGGCCUACGAGCCGCACAUCCGUCCCAGCUUCAGUCAGCUCGUCUGCUCUCUGAGGAACAUUCAUAAAAUGGAGGAGGACGGUACAACACAUUGCAUCUCAUCUAUCUCGCAGCUGGAGACUGACCAUACUGAGCCUCCCCCAAAGCCUUCAAGAGUUGGCGCAACCAUCUCUCGUGUGUCGCACAUGCAGGGAACAACCUGGAAUGUUCCAAGUUGGGAGAAAACACAAGAGAAAAUUGAUGACACUCUUCGAAGACAACGAAGAGAGAUGGUGAUGGAUAGGCAGUGGCUGGAGCAAGAGGAGCAACAACUGGAUCUGGCUGUGCGACAAGCGUCAAACAUCAAGUCUUGUCCCACAGCAGAGUUGGAUCGAACAGAUGAUCAGGUCUACUCUGGCGUCAUGGCGAUAGUUAGACAGGUGGUAAAGCUGAAAAAUGAGGUCAACAUGCUGCCCGCCUCAGAGUAUCCCAACGCAAUCAAAGCAAUUGGAGUCACUCUGCGAAACCUUAUUCAACACGUCGAUGAUAUCAUGCCUUCUCUGCACAGCUCAGUUACAAGCGAGAUCAUAGGCACAAAGAAGCUGCUGAACAAGGAUUUAGGGGAGUUGAUCAAUAAAAUGAGACUGGCCCAGCAGAAUUCGGUGACUACGCUGAAGCAGGAGUGCCAACGGCAGAUGUUGGCCGCUGCACACACCCUGGCAAUGAACUCCAAGAACCUGCUGGACGCAGUGGACCAGGCUCGAGUCAGGGCGAACUUGGCGAGGCCAAGACAGGAUGAUGAUAGAUCACAGGAAUGA